AAAGAAUGGCAACAACAAAUUCAGCCAAUACUUAGAAAUCAUCUGGUGCAAAAACUAGUGAACGCCAUAUUUCCGAACACAGAUCCAAGCUUUCUGAACAAUGAUCGAAUGCAGUCGCUUGUUCAGUACGCCAAGAAACUGGAGGGUGAUAUGUACGACAGUGCAACUAGCAAGGAGGCCUACUACACGCUACUUGCGGAGAAGAUUUAUAAAAUAACAAAGGAAUUGGAAGAGAAGCGAGCCAAGAGGGUG